CAUCAUAUGCCAAAUCGAAAUGGACUGUGAACAAGCGUAGAUUUUUUGAAACUAUAGCGAAUGGGUUUGGUGAGAUGCUGCUUUUACUCUUUUGCUUCAGUCCGCGUCUCUCGAAAUACUUGUCUUUCGCGCUGCUCGUCCAUUAUUCGCUGCCCCAGUUGGUGCUCAGCUCCACGCAAAAGGGCAAUUCGAUCCAAGAGAGAAGGCUUUUAGUCUCGGGAAAUGCCGUAAAAAUAUCAGGACGAAAUUUACAGAUUUUUAUCGUGGAGAAGUUGAAGCGGAGGCAGAUCAUCAUCAGAUGUUGCGGCAACGAAAGAUGUGCAAAUACCAACACGACUGCAAUCUUUCCGGCAAACAGCACGACUCUGCUGACCACCCUGAAAGGGUCACAACGGCCCCCGACGGUUAAAGCAGACCCUGAAGACACGACUGUUCCAGACUCCACCACUGACUCACAGGAGACAACAACUGCGGCUACAGAAACCAGCUUGGAGCCCACGACGUCUUCCAGCUCAACUUCAACCACAACAACCACGUCUACAACAACAACCCCGACUACAACAACAACCCCGACUACAACAACAACCACGACCACAACUUCAACCACAACAACCACGUCUACAACAACAACUCCGACUACAACAACAACCACGUCUACAACAACAACUCCGACUACAACAACAACCACGUCUACAACUACAAUCCCAACUACAACAACAACCACGACCACAACUUCAACCACAACAACCCCGACUACAACUACAAGUACUACAACAUCGACCACGACAACUACAACAACCACUAAACCAGCAGUGUGUCCAACAGUCAACUGCAACGUGAAUAUUAGUCAACAGAACGAAAUUAAAAACUUCAACACUUUCGCUCAGUUCGGGAUUGCGCUCACUUAUGGCUGGGCGAUUAUUGUGUGCAACAAGAAGUACGUCCACUCGGAAAUUACCGUUACCCUGGCCGAAGCGUACAUGAAGUGCUGCCAAUGGGGAAUGAAAAUGGCGUCUUUUGCGAACGAAAGCGAAUCCUCUUGCGCCCGAGCGCGAUUCAAUAACAUAUGGACGUGGGUGGCGGCCACCAUAGACGGCAACCCGAGCAAUCCGAGGUGGUGCACGGCCAACUCGUCCCACUUGCUCAAGAACUUCACCUCGGCCAACCCGACGCUGCCAGGGCCCAAUUACGACACCAUUGCCAUGAGCAUCGGAAACUUGGCCUUCACGUACGCCCGGUCCAAUUCCACCAUGACCUGGAUUCUUUGCGAAUUGUGAAAUCGUGGACCUGCGAGAUUUGUUUAUUAAUCUAAUGCGGGUGCAAAAAUAAAAUUUAGCGGAUAUUAACAAUAAAAGUAAUGUCA